GGCCGUGGCGGGACGGGGCUGCAGCAACCAGUUCUCCGCUAUGAACAAGUGAAAGCAUUGUCAUCACUGUCAAGUAAUCAUUAAAUUGAGGGACUUAUGAAUAAUGCUAAAUGAAGAACUUCAUUUUUGUUGUAAAAUUAUUCUUCACAGUCUCACUGGUUGACUACAGAAGAAAGGAGCCAAGUUUUAUAUGACCUCAAAGCUGCAGGUUGGUCUGAACUCACUGAGAGAGAUGCCAUUUACAAAGAAUUCAUCUUCAGAAAUUUCAAUCAGGCUUUUGGAUUUAUGACUCGUAUUGCUCUUCAGGCUGAAAAGAUGAAUCAUCACCCUGAGUGGUUUAAUGUAUACAAUAAGGUCCAGAUAACUCUCAUUUCCCAUGACUGUGGUGGGUUGACAAAGCGAGAUGUCAAGCUGGCACAGUUCAUUGACAAAGCCGCAGCAUCUGUCUAACAACUGGGUUUUGAAAUCAUCAGAAAUCAGCAUUUCCUUCAAAAUAUUUCCUUUUGCAUUAUAGGAGACAUUUAUUCAGCUUUCUCUUUUAAAGAUGGCAUUCCUCAAAUUUUGCCAUUGGUUUAGAGACUGAAGAUAGAUUCUGUAGAUAGGCAGUGUACUGGUGGUACUGAGUAAAGAGGAUGAAGACAUUUAGAAUCCCUUCCUCCUGUAUAUUACUAACACUGUAGGUAUCUUUCCCUACUUUAUCCAUGUUUAAUGGAGACCAUUCUAUCAGGAAUUCCCAGAAGGAAGAAUGCUGAAAGUACCAGUGACCUGGACUUCAGAUCACUGCACUUCACCAAUCAAGGCUCUCUUUCAUUCUUUGUAUCCUAUAGUCUGUGGAAGUAGCACAACUGAACAUGAGAAUUAGCACCUGCAUUUCUAACACAGCAUUUAAUGUUGAUAGAAUUAUUUUUAAUAGCAUAUUUUGCUUGAUAACUAAUUGGUGAAAAUUGGCAGAUCAUUUUUUGGAAUUAAAGACGCUUGUGCAGUU